GCCGCCGCUACCGAGACUCAGCUGAGCCGCAGUCGCUGUCGCCACCGUCGCCGCUGCCGCUGCCGCCGCCGCCGCCGCCGCCGCCGCCGCCAUGGCUCAGUACAAGGGCGCCGCGAGUGAGGCGGGCCGCGCCAUGCACCUGAUGAAGAAGCGGGAGAAGCAGCGCGAGCAGAUGGAGCAGAUGAAGCAGCGGAUCGCGGAGGAGAACAUCAUGAAAUCCAACAUUGACAAGAAGUUCUCCGCGCACUACGAUGCUGUGGAGGCCGAGCUCAAGUCCAGCACCGUGGGUCUGGUGACCCUGAAUGACAUGAAGGCCAAGCAGGAGGCGCUGGUGAAGGAGCGGGAGAAGCAGCUGGCCAAGAAGGAACAGUCCAAGGAGCUGCAGCUGAAGCUGGAGAAACUUCGAGAGAAGGAGCGCAAGAAGGAGGCCAAGCGGAAGAUCUCUAGCCUGUCCUUCACUCUGGAGGAGGAAGAAGAGGGAGGCGAGGAGGAGGAGGAGGAGGUGGCCAUGUAUGAGGAGGAGCUGGAAAGGGAAGAGAUCACCACAAAGAAGAGGAAAUUGGGGAAGAACCCAGAUGUGGACACAAGCUUUUUGCCUGACCGAGACCGGGAGGAGGAGGAGAAUCGGCUCCGGGAAGAGCUGCGGCAGGAGUGGGAAGCCAAGCAGGAGAAGAUCAAGAGUGAGGAGAUUGAAAUCACCUUCAGCUACUGGGAUGGCUCUGGGCACCGGCGGACCGUCAAGAUGAAAAAGGGCAACACGAUGCAGCAGUUCCUGCAGAAGGCACUUGAGAUCCUUCGGAAAGACUUCAGUGAGCUCAGGCAGCUUCCUCCAUUCCUGGGCAGAGGAUGCUGUCUGUCCGUCCAGACCCUCCCGCCUUUCUCCUUCAGGUCAGCAGGGGUAGAGCAGCUCAUGUACAUCAAGGAGGACUUAAUCAUCCCCCAUCAUCACAGCUUCUACGACUUCAUCGUCACCAAGGCGCGAGGGAAGAGUGGGCCACUCUUUAACUUUGAUGUUCACGAUGACGUGCGGCUGCUCAGUGAUGCCACGGUGGAGAAGGACGAGUCCCACGCAGGUAAGGUGGUGCUGAGGAGCUGGUAUGAGAAGAACAAGCACAUCUUCCCCGCCAGCCGCUGGGAGCCCUACGACCCCGAGAAGAAGUGGGACAAGUAUACGAUCCGCUGAGCAUCCGGGACGCGGCGCAGCCUCGGCUCUUCGGCUCUCCCGGCACGGCCCUUGGUGUCUCCGGGACCCCAGGUGCCCACUGCCCUCCGCCCGGGUUGGGCACGCUGGGAGAACAGGAGCUGCCCAGCCCCUGCCCGGGCACUAUCACUGACCGCUUGUUUCUUCUACAAUAAAGAAAGGCACAUGUCAGAGCUGGAGCACCA